AUGGACCACAACGACCAAGAGCACAGGGAGCAGCCAAAUGAAACUGAAAGAAAGCAACGACACCCUGCUUGUGACAAUGUGAGCAGCCACCAAAAUCGUCGCUUCCAUGGAUCUAUUCAUACAUCAAGCGAGCCUUCCUUACUACUCGACACACUUGAUACUCGUAUUCUAGACCCGGUUACGUACGACAAUGUGCGAGCUCACUUGCCAAAUCGAAAUGCACACGGCCGUCGGCGUUUCGCAACCACCCGUGACCAACCCGAUGUUGCGCAAUGGGCGGUUUUCGAUCGCCACGAAAGUAUCACCCUCUGGGCAGAUGAAUGGGGAAGAUUCUGGGAAAAGGGCUCGAAAGGUCCUGCGCAGCGAAGUGACAUGGUCCUUGUCCCCAUUUGGUGGAGGAGGACGGGCUCAUAUACAGACGCGUACAUCAAGGAGAGUGCCAGAUACGUAUUAUACUGGACGCCGGAUGGCAACUUAAGGAUCCGCCAAUCCUUACGAGAAGGGAUAUCGGCAUCCACACACUACUUCUUCGGCUAUUUCCCAAGGCGUGGCCACACCGAUCUUUGGUUUGCUCCCAUGUCUGCCCCAAGCUUCUCUAGGGUUUUCUGGUUCAACGGGGAAAUCGCGGCCCCCGAAUCACUCAUCCACACUCGGCCGCAAAGCGCAUCGGAAAGGGACACACGUCAUGAUUGUAUCCGACAUGCCGUUCGUCAGGGACUGGACAGCAACAGGGAUCUUGGUACUGAAGACUGUCAGCUGGAAAGAGGCAGAGCCGAACCAACAAGACCCCUCAGCGAGAAAAUCAAGAGCCUCCUGUCCCUUAUCGAGACUGCCAGACUUGAAUUCCGUCAACUGGUCGAGCGAGAGGUUGCGGACUUUAAGUUGAACGUCGGCGAAAGAGACACGAAAAGAACGCACCCCGGCGCUGGACAACGUCUUACCAACAUCCCCGGAUCUCGAGGUUCUGUCCUGUCAACUCGAGAUGUCUCUGUUCGCUUGCGAGCCAAUGAUACGACUCAGCUUUGCAAACAUCAGGUUUUACGAGAAAGAACAAAGAAUGGACUAGUUGAUUCUCGGAAUUGCAACGAACUGGCUACCGAACUUCACCUGGUCCAGUGUCAUGUUCGACCAAGUGUCUCCGUCGUUACGGACGAACAUGCUGAAGACGAAUUAUAA